CCGGAUAAAAAAACUCUGCCUUUGUCAACCUUUCAGCUUCAGGGAAGAAGACGAAGACGCAAAAUAAUGGCUACUACUCCGAUUAAACUAGUAUUAGCUUAAAUAUUAUUAGGGCCAAUAAUCAAAUCAGCUUCUCUGGAACAAUGCGAACGAGUCAAUCUGUUGACUUUUCCAAUUCUUCAAUUUCCUUACAUAUACGUUAUUCUUCGAGGAUUAUGUCUUUAUCUGAGAAAUUAAACGUCUUUUUAUCCCGGAGGUGUUUUUGUUUUCUCGGAAAAGCUCCGAGAUUGAAGUCAUGGUCGUUGCACGCCAAGUGUUUGUGUUAUUGUCUCUGUUAGUUGUGUGUUGGGGAUUGGAGAGAUGUGAGGCUUCUGGGAAGUUUAGCUUUGAAGUUCACCAUAUGUUCUCUGAUAGGGUCAAGCAAAGUCUUGGACUUGACGAUCUAGUGCCGGAAAAGGGAAGUUUGGAGUACUUCAAGGUUUUGGCACAGCGUGAUCGGUUGAUCAGAGGUCGAGGUCUUGCCUCCAACAACGAAGAAACCCCUAUUACUUUCAUGCGGGGAAAUCGCACGAUUUCAAUCGACCUUCUGGGAUUCUUGCACUACGCCAAUGUCUCUGUGGGAACACCGGCCACUUGGUUCCUGGUGGCUCUGGACACCGGAAGCGAUUUGUUUUGGUUGCCUUGCAAUUGCGGUUCCACUUGUAUCCGUGACUUGAAAGAAGUUGGACUUUCACAGAGUCGACCACUCAAUCUAUACAGCCCCAACACAUCUUCUACAAGUUCAAGCAUUAGAUGCAGUGAUGACCGUUGUUUUGGGUCGAGCCGGUGUUCUUCUCCUGCAAGUAGUUGCCCUUAUCAGAUCCAGUACCUUUCUAAGGACACCUUUACCACCGGGACAUUGUUUGAGGAUGUAUUGCAUUUGGUCACAGAGGACGAGGGUUUAGAGCCUGUUAAAGCUAAUAUCACGCUUGGUUGCGGUAAGAAUCAGACAGGUUUUCUCCAGAGUAGUGCGGCUGUUAAUGGUCUUCUCGGGCUAGGUUUGAAAGAUUACUCUGUUCCGAGCAUACUGGCAAAAGCAAAAAUCACUGCAAACUCUUUCUCAAUGUGUUUCGGGAAUAUCAUUGACGUUGUCGGAAGAAUCAGCUUCGGUGACAAAGGAUACACAGACCAGAUGGAGACGCCACUACUUCCUACCGAACCAAGUCCGACAUAUGCUGUGAGUGUGACCGAAGUAUCUGUAGGGGGAGAUGCUGUUGGGGUUCAGCUGCUAGCUCUCUUCGACACUGGAACAUCAUUUACACAUUUACUAGAACCAGAAUAUGGUCUUAUUACCAAAGCUUUUGACGAUCAUGUCACUGACAAGCGACGUCCGAUUGAUCCUGAGCUUCCAUUUGAGUUCUGUUACGACUUAAGUCCAAACAAAACAACCAUUUUAUUCCCCAGAGUAGCGAUGACUUUUGAAGGAGGAUCCCAAAUGUUUCUGAGAAAUCCGCUUUUCAUAGUGUGGAAUGAGGACAAUAGCGCCAUGUACUGCUUGGGUAUUCUGAAGAGCGUGGAUUUCAAGAUUAACAUUAUCGGACGUAAGUAUCACAAUACUGAGAUUUACACUGUAGAUAUUCAAUAUAUAGAAUUGACGCAGACAAAAAAAAGAGCAUAGGCUGAAUGCAUUUUCAUUUGGUUGGUUGCAGAGAACUUCAUGUCUGGCUACCGCAUUGUAUUCGACCGGGAGAGGAUGAUUUUGGGUUGGAAACGGUCUGAUUGUAAGUGACCAGGUCGGAAGUGACUGUAUAUACUUAGGAACAAAGCGUUGGUGAUGAAGUGUUUUUUGUUAUGGCAGGUUUUGAAGAUGAAAGCUUGGAAUCAACGACUCCUCCACCACCAGAGACUGAAGCUCCUUCACCAAGUGCCUCCACUCCGUUACCUAGUCUUCUUCCUCCUCCUGCUGCAGCUACACCUCCCCAAAUAGACCCUCGUAACUCUACCAGAAACUCUGGCACAGGCACUGCAGCCAAUCUAGUCCCUCUCGCAUCUCAACUCCUACUUCUCCUACCUCUUUUGGCCUUCCUCUGAUUCAUUUUGUGUUGGUUUGAGUUUACCCAUUUUAUGUUCAUAAAAAUUAUAAUCUGAGCAAAACAAUAUAUAUCCAUUGGUAUGAGAGGUGGCAAUCUUAUCUUCUUAUAAUAUAAUGUGUGUUUGUAUUAUAAAAAAUGUUUUGGAUAUUUGUCAAAGAUGUUUCGUCUCCUCAGAAUAUGUGUUCUGACCUCAGAAAAUUUAGGCC